UUUGAUGAGAGCAGAGUACAGGUGUCAUGACUGAUCAUAGGAGCAUGUAGCUUAUUUAGCUUUCUUUUUUUUCUUUUGGAUCUUAUAAUUUUAGCUUAAAACUGUGGAAAACUAUAAAAAGUUUCUGACCAAAACAAUGGCAGCAUCAUUACAAAUCAUCCGCUUAAUAACAGCUGCUGUGAGCUUUUUGUCUGUAAUGGGAAACAUGGACAGACGUGUCAACAUUAACUGCUACAACAAACCAGUGAACCAGACCACAUUUCUUGGCGCCUCGGCUACCAUCAACUGCAACUAUACAAGAGUAAAAGAAAGUGGAAUCAAAUCCUUUUGUAGAGAAAAUGCAAGCUCUUAUUGCAAUAAUCUGAUAUCAUCUUAUGACUCAAAUUACACCAGACUAGACAGAUUUUCUCUCAGAGAUGAUAAACAGCAAAGAGUCUACACUGUGAUCAUUUCUGCACUGACCCAACAAGAUGCUGGAAAAUACCAGUGUAGUAUAAAAUCUGAUACAUCCACUUCUUGUUUAACUGAGAUCCACCUCUAUAUUCUGAACUGGGACGAUAUUAAACCACAUGAAAUGGUUGGUGUUACUUCAGAGACUGCAACAAUUACAUGUAACUAUUCUAAGAGUGAAGAGGACACUGAAAAAUACCUUUGCAAAGGACAGAAUCCCUUGAACUGUGAUGAGUUAAUACGGACAACAGAAGAAGACAGAGUUGUAGUUAAAGACAGAUUUCACAUAAGGGGUAAUAAAAGAAGGAACUACUUCUAUGUCUACAUCAGUGACCUGAGGAGAACCGACUCUGGAACGUAUUGGUGCGGAUCUGGUAAAACAAUGACAAAUGCUGAAUACACCAAAAUAUACCUUUCUAUCACUGAAAGACACACUCAAACCAAAAAAUCAGUCAGUUUACGUAUAAAGAGAGAUGGCAACAGCAAAGAUGAGAAUUUAGGCCUGCAUAUUGGUAUUGGAGUGGGUGUGGGAUCAUUAGUGGUGAUUGCUGUGGUUGUGCUAAUACUAUACAGAUGUAAAGUCCUCAGGAUGUCAGAAACUGCUGCUGAGGGGUCAUCAGAGCUGAGGACAAAGUCUGGACAUAACACAGAGGGAAAUACUGGAGAUCAUCAAUAUGAAGAGAUUAACAUACGGAGACAGCAAGAGAGCUCACUGCCCUCUGUUUGUGCUGUUACCAGCCCUCCUCCAGACCUGGUCUACCUUGCUAAUCUUAACUUUCAGAAGGAUACCAAUGUCAAUCUUCCUGCAGACAUAGUCCACUAUGCCACUGUGGAUUUCCAAAAAGAUGAAAGAAUGCUUCCUGUCACUAGUGAAAAUGGCUCUACUCCCAUGGGACAAGACGUCAUCAAUCCUUCUGCAGACAUACUUCAGUAUACCACUGUGGGUUUCCACACUGCUGGAAAAACACUUCCUGACAAUAAGAAAAAUAGCUCCGCUGGCAGGGGACAUAGUGCUACCCGUAAUCAAGAACCUGAGACAACUCUCUAUUCAACUGUUAUAAGACAAUAAUAUAGUAAUGCUGUGAAGGAGCUGAAUAUUCUCGAUGCAUAGAUACUAUCUGUAAUCUUAAAAUAAUAGGAAAAAGGUUGAAGCACUUCAGGUGUAACUACUUAUAGAAAUGCGGUUUGAAUAUUACAGUUAUUACAAUUACAAAUAUUUAGGUCGCAAAAACGUCUGAUUUCAGUUAGUGAUUUUUAGUAAAAAUUUGAUUUGCUAUGGUCGAUGCUUCAGUGUCACAAAAAUGAGAACAUAAAUUAUUGGGUUUUUUAAACAAGUAAUUGGUCAAAGAGUAGUUUACAAUAUUUAGAAAGUGUAUCGUCACUUAAAUAUCUGAUCACUGAUUAAGAAAAUGAAUAUUCCUAAGAAAUAGUUCCCGGUUUGUUUCUUUUUCAGUAGUAGUUAAUAAAACAGUGUAAUACAGUUCAGAAGUUGGCACUACCUGAAGGUGCAGCUGAUGAAUAAACCACACACAAUUUGACAUGGAGUAAAACAUGUUUAGUUUCCAUUUCUUUAAGAUAAAUUAAUAUUUAAAGUACUAUGAGCUUUUCCUUGUUUCCUGUUAUGAUUUUUAUCCGAUUCGUUUUUAUAAUUCAAGCAUGCAGUUAUGAUUUCCUGUUUUACGUUUGACCGCCGAGCAUUUCAGUGUAUCUUAUUUUGCUCUGCAACUCCCUCUUGUGGACUCUUUGGUGAUCAGCUGCUUAUAAAUAGAUAACUGUAUUUGUUAUCGUGUGCUUCAUUGUAUGAACCAUAUCAUAAUUCACUAUCACAUUGCCUGUAAAUACCUCUCUGUAACAGUCUGUCAUAGUAAGUAAGUGUUUUGUUUUAUUCUUUUGUAUUCGCUGAAAAGUAAAGACUGAGUUUGUGCUCAAAACAAAC